AGGGCAGAGUCCCGGUGUGAGUGGGAAUCAGGACGGGGUAGAGGGCAUCGCUGAGAGACGAACGCAGGGCUGUCGGGACCUAAUCAUCGCAGCACGGAUCCAACCGCAGAACUACACCAGAGGCCAGCCUUUAUUUCCCGGAGACACCCGGAGCUAAAGACGAUCAGCCUUCUGUCAGCUCAACUGGAUGGAAAAGACCCAGUUAAUGACAGGAAAAAAGGAACAAUCAAAGAUGCCGAAGUGGCCUCGGGUAACCUUGACUACAGAGAAGAAACGGACAUCCAUGGGCUUUUUUGAGAAACGAUUAACAGAUCAGUCCACUUCUUCUUUAUUUCCCUCGGCUAUUACCCUUGUAAAAAUGGGGUAAUUGGGUUUUUUUUUUAUCAUCUAGUAAACUAACCUGGAACAAGGCCUGUGUAGAUCUCCUGAUGUCAGAAGAUUCAGACUCCAAGCCCUACUGCUUCCCAGGUUUGGAAGAUCAGGAUGGAGCCUCGAGUUGCAGAGCGUCCACUUCAUGCAAUUCUAUCCCAAGGGGGGACUCAGGGUGCAGCUCCAUGGCACAGCUGCACCGUAUGGGUGCCUUCAGCCAAGGUAGGCCUGACCUGGGCCUCCCUUCUGAGGGCAGCGACAGCAGCGAUCAGGACCCUCCCGCUUCACCAGACAACCAUCGCAAGAACACUCGCUCUCGGUCACUACCCGAGGAGGAUGUGGAGAUGAAGAGUAGCGGAUCGAGCGGGAGUGGGACCGAAUCACACGGCAAUGAAAGCCACGGCAAUGAAAGUCAUGGAAACGACAGCAACGGCCACGAGUCGAUGGGAAGCUCCACCGGCAACAGCAAGGACUCGGCACUGCUUGAAUCCUCUGAGAGCAAUAAGAGUUCGAACUCCCAUAGUCCAUCUCCACCGAGCAGUUCAAACGCCUUCAGCCUGCUGAGCUCUGAGCAGGACAACCCUUCAACCAGCGGCUGCAGUAGCGAGGAGUCUGCCAAAGCCAAGACGCAGAAGGAGGUGAUUAAAACUCUGAAAGAGCUGAAGUUUCACCUGCCUGCUGACAAGAGACACAAUAACAAGUCGUCCACGCUGAACACCCUGAAGUAUGCACUUCGCUGUGUGAAACAGAUGGAAGCCAAUGAGGAGUAUUACCAGCUCCUGAUGAUCAAUGACAGUCAGCCUUCAGGCCUGGAUGUGUCUUCAUACACAAUAGAGGAGAUCGAUAGCAUCACCUCUGAGUACACUCUCAAAAACAAUGAUAUGUUUGCAGUUGCCGUGUCUCUUAUCACUGGAAGGAUAGUUUACAUUUCUGACCAGGCUGCCUCCAUCCUCAACUGUAAGAGAGAUGUGUUCAGAAACACCAAGUUUGUGGAGUUUCUUACACCGCAGGAUGUCAGCGUCUUUUACAGCUUCACGACGCCUUAUCGCCUGCCCUCCUGGAGCAUGUGCACUGGAGCAGAGUCGUCCCCGCCUGACUGCAUGCAGGAGAAGUCCUUUUUCUGUCGUAUCAGCAGUGGUAAGGAGUGUGAGGGUGACCUGCAGUACUAUCCAUUCCGCAUGACGCCUUACCUGAUGAAGGUCCAGGAUACAGUGCACACUGAAGACCAGUUCUGCUGCCUCCUUCUGGCUGAGAGGGUCCACUCUGGUUAUGAUGCACCCAGAAUUCCAACAGACAAGCAGAUCUUCACCACCACUCACUCUCCAAGCUGUGUGUUCCAGGAUGUGGAUGAGAGGGCAGUACCUCUUCUUGGGUACCUCCCACAGGACCUGAUUGGCACCCCAGUCCUCUGCCACCUGCAUCCCAGUGACCGCCCGAUCAUGCUGGCUAUUCACAGAAAGAUCCUCCAGUGUGCAGGGCAACCGUUUGACCACUCGUCCAUCAGGUUCUGUGCAAGAAAUGGAGAGUACAUCAUCUUAGACACCAGCUGGUCCAGUUUUGUCAAUCCUUGGAGCCGCAAAGUCUCCUUUGUUAUUGGGAGACACAAAGUCCGCAUGGGCCCCGUGAAUGAAGACAUUUUUAUGGGCCCAGUCUCAGGCGUCAGAGAGGUGAAGACCAUGGACUCUGACGUCCAGGAGAUUACUGAGCAGAUCCAUCGGCUCCUGCUACAGCCUGUUCAUAACAGUGGGUCCAGCGGCUAUGGUAGUCUGCACAGCAACGACCACUUUCUUGAAAUAGGCUCCUCUAACGAGAGCCUGUCGUACAACAAGAUGCAUCAAGAGGAAGAGGACAUGAGGGGCAAAGCCAGACCUCGAACUUUUCAAGAAAUCUGCAAGGGAAUUCAUCUUCAGAAGAGAGAAGAGCAGCAGACGGCAAAGCCAGACAACAAAAAAAGCAAUGCCAAGUCUGUACAGAAGAAGAGCCAAGCCGUGGUGCGACCCAAAGACUUGGCUGCUCCUGUUAACUGGAAGGAGGCGGGAUCACCUAUGGAGGAGAGCAGAGCCUCUUUCCAGGAGGACCUGGCCUUCAAUGAUCAGACUGUAUACUCCUACCAGCAGAUCAGCUGCCUGGACAGUGUUAUCAGGUACUUGGAGAGCUGUAAUGUUCCCAUCACCAUGAAAAGGAAAUGCCAGUCUCUCUCUAACACCACGUCCUCAAACUCUGAUGAGGACAAACAGAAGGGAUCCAGCAGCAUGCAGCUGUCUAAUGAAUCAUCCUUGUUGAAGGAUCAGUCUGGUCUCUCUGCUUUGGACGAUCAAGAUAAAAAGUCCACUGACGCAGCCACAGCGGUAGUGGGCACUUCGCGGCCCCUACCUGUACCAAACAAACCAGAAAGUGUGGUGUCCAUAACCAGCCAGUGUAGCUACAGUAGCACCAUAGUGCAUGUUGGGGACAAGAAACCUCAACCCGAGUCAGAGAUCAUAGAGGACGUACCGGGCACAGGGGAAGUGGCCGAAUCCAGCCAGAACCUUGCGGCUCCUCCGUGUGCAUUUUCACCUCCCAGUCAGGAGAGAGAGUGCUACAAGAAGCUGGGCUUGACCAAGCAGGUUUUGGCAGCACAUACGCAGAAGGAGGAGCAGGCCUUUCUGUGUCACUUCAGAGAGCUUCGCAGACUCUCCCCCCUCGAAGCAAACUGCUCCGAGUACCUGGAGCGUCAGAAAGAACAGAUCGGCAGCGAUGUUGCACCUGCUGUUCGACCCAAACAGGGUGGAGCGUUUGCAGAGCCAACCACACGGAGAAGCACGCGGAAUAAGAAGACCAAAUCAAAGAGGGCUAAACAGGUCGAGUCCUCCGACAGCACAGCGUCCCAUCAAGGACCACAGCUGCAGCGGCCUUCUUUUCCAAACUACAGCCUUAACCAGACAUCUUGGUCUCCCUCUGAGGCAACGCAGUCGGCUUUUCCCAUGGCCUACCCUACCGUGAUGCCAGGCUACCCUCUCCAGGUUUACCCCAGAGCUGAGUCCAUAGGUCCACGGACAGAUACCACUACACAAAACUUUAGGGACAGCCAGGGUGCUCAAGCCACUCCUGGCCCCUCAUCCAUCCAUUCUGCUCCCUACACCUCCCCCAUGGUCACCCCCAUUGUGGCUCUAGUACUCCCUAACUACCUGUACCCUGUAAUGGGCCCCGGUCCUCCACCACAGCAGCCAGUGUACCAAGCAGAGACUGGGGUCUUCCCCACCCAAACAUUGCCUUUUGCUCAGGCUGCCUUUCCAUUCCCACCUUCCUUCAGCGGUCAGACUCAGUUCAACGUUCAGACCAAUUUCACUCCUCCUCAAGCAGCAGGCAGCUCAACUCCAUCAUUCUGCUUCCCACCAUCCUUGGAAAUCCCUAAGCCUUCCGUUGAAGGACAGUCUCGGUCCUCAACGCCACAGUCUGGAGGAGCUGAAGGCCAGGCCUCCCCUCGCUUAUUCCAGUCACGCUGCAGCUCACCCCUUAACCUGCUGGAGCUGGAACUGAACGUGGACAGGCAGGACGGCGCGAUGCUCCCCUCUGGAGGACGAGGAAAUACUGCAGCUGAGAGGGAGCAAACAGCAAGUGCCAGCCAGCCUAAGGAGAGGGAACUGAAUCAGCCAUCUCUCAGUCUCCUUGGUCCUCCAGGACCGUUGUAUUUCGGGGGUACAGCCUGUUUCUGUGAGCGUUUGUCUUGGGAUAAAGUGUGCUCUAGGCUGAGUGCUUUCAGCAACGAGACAAGCUCGCAAUGUGACGCUAACAACAGCGAUGCCAACUCUUCAUCCAGUGACAUGCUGAACAUUAUCCUCCAAGAGGACUCCUUUUCGGGCACCGGCUCAGCCACCUCAGGGUCCAUGGGCUACAGAACGUCAGCCAGCGGCACUUCGAAUAGCGGGACAUCUGAGGGCAGGACGUCAGCCAGCAGAGUCUCAGAAAGCACCAACAGUAGCAAAUACUUUGGCAGUGUGGACUCAUCGCUGCACAGCCAGAAGGUCAAAGGUCAUAUGAGCGGCAGAGAUGGAAGACGCGGCAGAAUGGAGCAGAGCGACCAUAUCACAAAUGAUAUUGAAAAGGUGCUGAGAGAAGACAAAGAGAAACUGAGGCAGCUGCAGAAGAGCCAACCGCGCUUCUCUGAAGAGCAGAAGAAGGAGCUGAUCGAGGUUCACCCCUGGAUCAAGAAGGGAGGUUUACCCAAAGCCAUAGAUAUCAAGAUGUGCUCCUGGUGUGAUGACGCCUUAGAGGCAGCGACGGCGGUACAGGAUCAGCCGUACCAAGACCUCGAUGAAUCUGAGACCGCCGGAAUAUCCUGCCACGGCUCUCCUUUGGCCUCCGACUGUCAAACACAGACGGCGGCACAAUAAGCUUCUCAAAGUGUCCAGAGUGACUUUGUUAGCCACUGGCUUACAGCCUUUGAAGAGGGACCAGUUUUAAAUGUGCUCUUACUGUUUCUCUCUUGCUGUUCUGUGAGUUCUUCUUGUGUAGGUGCCAGCAAGAAAACUGGAUAAAACAGUCCAGAUUUUUGUAGAAUGUGAACAUGUGUAGUAGAUUCAUUACAUUAUAUUUUAAUCUACUUUUUAAUUGUUCACUGUGUUGUUGCUUGAGGAAUUGCUGGUCUCUAAGACUGCGCCUGUUUGUUGCGUCAUCCCUUUUGUAGCAUGUUGCCACGUGCGGCUCUUAAUGGUUUUUAUAUAGACUUGAUUACCAGAUGCUGAGCCCAAUAAAGGGAAAGAGAAAGUGGGCUCGCAUGCCAGGCACCACCACAGAGGUCAAACAAACAUCAGUCAGCUGGGGGCUGCUCUCGGUGGCUCUGUGGUGUUUGAUGAAUUCAGUAUUUCGUGGCGUUUCCCCGAGUUGCAACGACACUUCUGUCAUUCAUACACAUCAGACACCAAAUGAGCACAAGUGCACUUUGCAGUUUAGUAUUUAUAGUUGAAAGAAAUCUGAUACUAAGGUAACUUUUUGAAUCUUAAAUUGUAUAUUUCUUCCCACUGGGUUGGAUAAAGAAGAAUGUAAAUGAGACUCCUGUGGGUCUGAUAUUCAUUCUGCUGAUGCCUGUAUUCAAUUGGGGGAUCUCAGCUGUUAAACAUAGAGGGGAAAGAUGUCCAAUGUAGUACAAGCAUUGCUGAUCAAGUGAUGGAGUUGAUUUAAGUUUGCACUGAGUUGGGGGUGGGGGUGUGAGGCACAUAUGCUACACUGAUUCACAUAAUGUCAUACUUUAAAAAAAAAAAAGCUCAUUUCAAACUUUUUACACUUCUGUCAUUUGGUGACACGUCACUAAAAGCAGCUCUAGAUUAUUUUUUUUUUCAUUCAGCAGAUUUCCUUUCAUCUGUUUCUGAUGAAAUGCAGCAUUUUUGUUUUUCAGCUGUGACACUCACUUUAAAGAUUUUUUUUUUUUUUUAAUAUAUUUCAAAGCUUGUGUUGGUGUUUGCAACACUCUCUGACUCUAGGCAUAUGUAUAGGCUAUAUUUUUACAUAAAAUAACUGAUAACUGUUUCUCUAUAAAUGAGUCAAUGUGUUUUUAAGUUAUAGUAUUAAAAAAAAAAGUUUAAAAAGCAAACUGGACCAAAAGAAUUAAUAUUAUUUAUUAUAAGCUCUAUUUUGAAAAUGUGAAUUCCAUAAUCAACACUAGGAAAGCCGCUCAUCACAAACUGAAAAGUAAAACUGAAAAGCUGCAUGUUUAGGGUGGGUGGUUAUUGUAAAGAGAUUAUUGUGGUUUUCCCCAGUUUUGAAGUGUGCUGCAUGACGCUCGACGUGGUCUGAUGUUGCAAUCAUAAACAAGGAGAGGAACAUCCUGAACAGACUGAAGCUCGUUACUGUUCAGAACAAACACUUCAGGCUGACUUUAGGGUAAUUUCACUGUUACAAAGCAGCUUGGACGUCAGGUGGCUGAAGAGUUUUUUCACUUUGAAGCCUACGCUGUUGUUUGAGUCUCUUUGGGAACUUGAACAUUUUUGUUCAAGUUUUUUGGGGGGGGGGGUGGUCUUCAAACAGACACUGACAUACACAUUUUUAUUUUUGUUUUUCUUAUUUUUUAAAGGAAAUGAUUCCACUAUGUUUGCUAACUUUUCUCAAAAUAAAAUGUUGCAUAACUUAAA